GAUGAACCCGAGACCAUCGCUGCUCCAUUGCAUUCUCAUGUGACCUUCUCUCUCUCUCUUUAUUCCUCUAUACUCUGAAAAAUUAAUAAUUUUCUUCUUUUUUGUUGAAAAAAGUUAUGUUAUUUCUUAAUGUUAUCUUAUUUGAUUCCACUGGAUUCGAACCAAACCCAUGACAGGAGAGAAUGAUGAGAACCAGAUCACCAAUCUUGAUCCAAAUGUAAUAAAAAAAAACUACUAUGACGGUGCAUUCUUGAGAAAGUCUCUUUCCUUCUUGAGAAAGUUUCUUUCCUUCUCUACAUUUCUCCCAAUCUCUAUCUGAUCUCUACUUCUCAAUCAUUAUCAUCACCAGAAGAACAAUAACAAAGCAAUGUCGCUUGACAUUAAAAGACCUAUCAGCAACAAGACCAAGAAGAAAACUGGGUUCAUCGUCAAUAUGCAGCAGCUGAAUCACAACAACAGAGGAGGAAACAACCUCUUCAUCGUCUUCUUCAGACAUUAUUACAGAUGGAUCCUCUGGUUUUUCCUCUCUCUAUACUUCUUCACAUCUUACUUCGCCGGAGACCAAUCCACCACCAUCACAACAACUAGUCUCAUCUCUAACCACAAAACGUCGUUGUCUCUCCCGUCUCACGCUCUCAUCGAAUCUUCCGCCAUUGUCAAACCAGCUCACACGUCUAUAUCCAGCGGGAUGAAGAUUUACGUUUACGACUUACCGGCGAGAUUCAACGCCGACUGGGUGAUGUCAUCAGACCGGUGCGCCAGUCACCUCUUCGCGGCGGAGGUAGCGAUUCACCGCGCCCUUCUCUCUGAUUCAAAUGUCCGUACGUUAGACCCAGAAGAAGCUGACUUCUUCUUCGUCCCCGUAUACGUAUCCUGCAACUUCUCCACCGCCAACGGCUUCCCUUCUCUUAGCCACGCUCGCUCCCUCAUCUCCUCCGCCGUUGAUUUCAUCUCGGAGAGUUACCCGUUUUGGAACAGAACACGAGGUUCCGACCACGUGUUUGUAGCUUCGCAUGACUUCGGUGCAUGCUUCCACGCGAUGGAGGAUAUGGCCAUUGAAGCAGGCAUUCCAGAGUUUAUGAAGAAGUCAAUAAUUUUACAGACGUUUGGAGUAAACUACAAGCAUCCAUGUCAAGAAGCGGAGCACGUGGUGAUCCCGCCGUAUAUUCCGCCGGAGAGUGUGCAGAGAGCUACAAACAAAGCUCCGGCGAACAGACGGCGAGACAUAUGGGCGUUUUUCCGGGGGAAGAUGGAAGUCAACCCUAAGAAUAUUAGCGGACGUUAUUACAGCAAGGGAGUGAGAACGGCGAUUCUGAAGAAAUACGGCGGAAGAAGACGGUUUCAUCUUAACCGGCACCGGUUUGCUGGAUACCGAGAGGAGAUCUUGCGGUCCGUGUUUUGUCUAUGUCCUCUAGGGUGGGCUCCAUGGAGUCCUCGGCUAGUGGAAUCAGCUGUUUUAGGGUGCGUCCCCAUUGUUAUCGCCGAUGGGAUUCAGUUACCUUUCUCGGAGACGGUCCGGUGGCCGGAGAUAUCUCUCACGGUGGCGGAGAAAGACGUGAGGAAUCUACGCAAGAUAUUGGAACACGUGACGGCGACCAAUUUGUCAACGAUACAGCGGAACUUACGUGAGCCGGCGUUUAAGCGGGCUCUCUUGUACAAUGUGCCGAUGACGGAAGGUGACGCUACGUGGCAUAUUCUCGAUGCGUUGUCGAGGAAGCUAGAUCGGUCUUACAGAAGGUCAAGGGUUUUGAGCCAAUGAAGAGUUGACACGUAAGAUGCUGUCGCUAAAUGGAUGCUAGGCUGGAUAUUUUUGACUCUUUCGAUAUUGGAAACUGGAAUGUCUUGGUGUGGGGUCCACAACGCGAGAAGCUUAACUCGGACACGUGAGAUGUUUGCUGAGCUGGCUACCACUGAGUGGAUCAGCAUGUACAUCGGGGAAGUGAAAGUGUAAAGUAUGCUGAUGUGUAAUUCUUUUGUAUGAGUAGGCAUUUAAUUCUUUGAAUAUAAAAAUUGACUUGUA